GAAGUUUUUUACUGUUUUGUAAGCACAUGCGGCAGCCGGCACAAUGAAGGAAACCGUUUUAUCGAAUAACGAAAAGACUUUUGUACAGCGCGCUAUUUUGGAAUCCAUCCGUGUUGAUGGACGAAAGCUGGACGAAUUCAGAAAGUUACGUAUCAGUUUCGGCAGCGAAUGGGGACUGGUGCAUAUUGCUCUCGGAGAAACUCGUGUCCUGGCACGUGUAACAUGUGAAGUGGUGCAACCAAAAGCAACGCGCCCAAAUGAGGGAACAUUGUUCAUAAAUGUUGAGCUUGGACCCAUGGCUGCGCCACAUUUUGACGGAGGCCGCCAGUCGGAUGAAAGUGUGCAUCUGAACCGAAUUCUGGAAAGAGCGCUUAAGGAUUCCGCGUGCGUCGAUCUUGAAUCGCUGUGCUUGGUGGCCGAGGAAAAAGUAUGGAACUUGCGCAUUGACGUGAAUGUAUUGAAUCAUGAGGGCAACGUUAUCGAUUGCUGCUCGAUUGCGGCCCUCGCUGCCCUUGCACACUUCAAACGGCCCGACAUUACUGUGGACGGUGAAAAUGUGAUUCUGCACACCUUGGAGGAAAAGGAACCGAUUAAAGUUACUUUGUUCCACUAUCCGAUCUGCGUGAGCUAUGCAAUAUUCCACAAGGGUACGAUUGCCAUCGCUGAUCCAACCUAUCUAGAGGAAAGGGUUGCCGAAGCUAAGAUGGUUAUUGGUGUCAACUCGUACGGCGAACUGUGCGGAUUGCACUUGGGUGGCAUAACUCUCACCAGUGCGGAUUUACUUUUGCGAACAUCUGUCAAAGCCAGUAAGCGGGCCCGGUUUUUGGUAGAAAAAAUCAAGGCAGCAAUCCUGAAAGAUGCAGAAGACCGCGAAAAAGGUGUGACGGUCGGUUUCCCCGAAGGUAUAGAGCGGAACGAAAUAACGGUGCACGCGGAGGAUCGUCUGCAGGUGCGGCUAAAAAAUUUUAAGCUGGAUGGUUCCAAAGCUGACCCUGAAGAUAACCCCGAUAUAGACGAAAUCAUUUCCAACGUAGAUCACGUUCAAUCCGAACCUGGUGAAACCAAUGAACCAAUGGAGCAAGAACCGGUAGUGAUUGUCAAGUGCGGCGAUAAUGGGGCUGUUUUGAUCCCGAAGACAGACACCAACCAUUGGCUUACAGAAGAAGAACUAAGGGGAGAAGAAGAAACUAAGGGAAGCAAACGACCGAAAUCUUUAGCGAAAGUUGCUAAAAAAACGCGGUUACAAGGAAAAUCGGUUACUACUGGCCAAAAUUCAGUUGUCACCGACUGUAGCGAUGAAGAAACCGUCACUCUAACAUCCGCUGACUUGUAA